AAGUUAGCUCUCCUUAGAAGUCCCACGAAACGAGUUAAUUAAUAAUUAUUAAAUAACUCCUGGCCGCUCGUUUCAUUUCCUGGGGUCUUGGAGCUUAAACCGGUGGCUGUAGGAUGUCGGUCGAGCAGGUAGCCGGCUACUCGCCCAGCUUCAAGAAGCCCGCGGAAAUCCUGAGGCUGCGGAGAAAGCGGACUCGCGGCGCGGCCGGUAGGCUUCCCUCGGAGGAGCUGCCGCCAACCUCCUCUGCUCAGAAGGCUGAGAACGGCGGCCCCGGCCACCAGCCGCAGAGCAAGAAGUGCCGGAGGAACCCGUUCGCCAACAUCGCCAAUACCUGUGGGCUGCCUGCCGAGAGUCCGGGCCCUGAGAGCGGACGGCCUGCCGAGGAGACGGCGCUGAGCAAAGGGGUUCCUCAGGUGCUGCCUGCAGGAGAUGAAGAUUCCAUUUUGGAAGCAAAAUUUUUUUCCCAAGAAAUACCAUUUCCCAUACAAAAUAAAGAUUCUAGAAUACUACCUGAAUGCACUUUACCUGAAAACUUCCCUGUUGACUGGAGCGUUAAAACAUGGGCUUUAUUCACAUCCCCUCAUCCUUUUACUUGGACUGAUCAACUCAAAGCUUCAGAAGAAGCCAAAGGAUUAAUUCAACACUGUCGUUCCUCAAUAGUUGAUUUUCCUUUACAUAUAGAGGACCCAAAAUCAUGCACGGAUUUACGCUGUGCCUUCCAACAAAAUCUUGUAUACUGGCUUCACCCCUCGCUGCCAUGGCUAUCACUUUUCCCUCGUAUAGGUGCAGAGCGGAAAAUGGCUGGCAAAAGUAAUCCAUGGGCACAAGAUGAAGAACUCCAGCAAGUGCUAAUGAGUGAAUGGUCACUCAGCUUUAGUUCAUUGUAUAAUCUGCUGCGAGCCAAACUUUGCCCAUAUUUCUACUUCUGCACAUACCAAUUCACUGUGCUGUUCCGAGCAGCUGGAAUAGCAGGGAGUGGUGUUCUUACUGCUGUUAUUUCCCCUACAACAAGAGGUCUCAGAGAAGCUAUGAAAGAUGAAGGGAUUACAUUUUCCUUGCCAUUACUGGAUGACAGAAGAAAUAAUAAAAUUAAAAAAAGUGAAACUACAGAUUUGGGGUUACACAUUCCAGAUGCUGAAACACAGGAAAAAAUCUUGGAUGUUCAGGAGGAACAUGCUGGUAGUAGUGAAGAUGAUGACAAUGAUGAUGGUGGAAUAUCCUGGCUGAAAGAGAUGGGUGUACAAGACAAAGUUAGAAAGCCUAGUUCUAUGUCCAUUAAACUUCGUAAGGAACACACCCUUGUGCGCAUGGACCAUAAGCCUGAAUCAGCUGUAAUGGUGAAAGGCCCUCAGACGUUCACUUUGUUAAACUUUCUUAUGAACAACAAAAGCAUAGUAGCUGGAGCUGGGCCCCAAGCAGGACUCCCACCUACACUCUUGGCCCCUGUUGCAUUCAGAGGAGCCUCAAUGCAGACAUUAAAGGCUAGAAGUAUUAAUGUUAGGACACAGCAUUUAUCUGGAAUGAAGGACUCUCACUGCCUUGAGAUCACUGGGCCCAUCAUGCCUCACGCCCUACACAGUCUGACACUGAUGCUGAAGUCAGCACAGAAAGGAAACUUCACAGCCAGCUUUCACUCACAUGAACCAACUUCUGUAUUUAAUGUAGCUCUCAAACUGGAACAUCAUGAAGGCAAGGACCACUCUUUGAGUGAAAUGUCUAAUUAUGGUCUACACCCAGAAACUCUGAAUCAACUAAUGCAACAGCCAACCUUUGGAAAAUCCUCCAUGAAGCAUCUAGAAAUGAAGGACUAUCGGUAUUUGUGGAAAUUGUAAUUGCUAAAAUUCCAGUAGAACUUGUGACUCACUCAAAAGUUUCAGAAGUCACCUUCAUAGGUGUUGAGACAAAAUACAACUAAAUGCUGGAGAAAACGGCAGAUGGAUUUUAUAAAUGAAUGUUGAUUGAAGCAGAUGACCAAAAAAUAGAUAUUAAAUGACACAUACCAAACCUAUUUAUUAUAUUAUACAUUAGUAUUAACCAUGUUAUUUAAAAUUCUUUUUAAUGCAUACAAUAAAUGCAUUUCAUAUUUUGUGAUGCUGGGUCAUUGGAGGCUAUUUGAAAUGUCUGUUUGAAAUAAGGAAUUUUUUUUUUGAACCAUUGGAUCAGUGAGAUUCUAUUGUAAAUAGUUUAUCUGGAAAUGAGGGGCUAUUAAUGUGUAGGAUAAUGAAUCCUAGAUUUAAAGGAGCUGUAGGUGAAUAGAAUACUAUUUGACUUUUUCAUUAAGGUAAAGUUAUGAGUAUUAGACAAGGCGUCUAAAUUAUUUUUAGCUUUAUCUAGGAGAUUGUUAACAGCUAGUAGCCUUUUCUCAUUAAAUAAUUCCCUGCUAUUGGAUGUGUUAGAAAUCAGCCUUGUCAAAUAUUGUGACAAAUACGAUUUCCAGAUCAUCAGCCCCACAAUUUACUGGCAUGUAUGUUCUCUCCAGUUAACUGUAUCAGUAACAACGUUUAUAUCAGUGUUUAUAUAUUGGUAUUGCUGUAUAAGAACUGCAGUCAUUUUUUUUUAUUUACACUGCCACAGUGAGAAAGCAAAUAAGCAAACAAAAUUUAGGGUUGUAUUAAUCUUUAGAAUGUGAAGUUUUGCUUAUUUUAGUGUAUUUUAUCUAGAAAUUUGUUUUAGCCUGUGAUAAAUAUAGCGUACAGUUAACACACUGAAAUAGGAUGAGAAUUAACUAGAUCUCAACUGAUACAACUUAAGAUUCCGGCACAUUUUAGUUUGUAGCAAACUGCAUGUUGAUUUAAUCAUAAAUCAAUUUAUAAAAGUGUAAAGUAAUUAUAAAUCUCAAAAUAGAAAAGAAAUAUAUACUGUAUAUAUAGUCAGUUUUUAACUUGAACAAUCUAUAUUCAACAUUGGGCAGAUUUUCCACUUGCUGGAUCCAGUGCCUUUUCAGCUGCAUUUAAAGUGCCUAAUUGACUAUUUAUUGUAUUAAAUAUUCAAAUUAAGCUUAGUUUGAGUUUUUUCUUUAAUCAGACAAGCAUUAGGCACUUCCUCAACUUAUACUUGUCAUCUAAAUGUAUGCAAUACUAUCUAAUUGAAAAGUAGAAAUCAAACCAUUAUUUCAAUUUCCAGUUUUUAGUUGACAUUAGAGGCUGAGUUUGGACUUUAUUAGAUUUUAAAACAUUGAGUGCUAUUUGUUUUCCUUGUAUUGCUUGCAUGACUUGUUCUUUUUUCGCACAUUGGGUGUUUGACAGUCAAUUUAAUUGAUUCUUUUGGGUUUCUUUGUUUUGUAGCUGCCUGUAAGAAGACAAAUCUCAGUUGUACAUUGAUAACUUUGAAAAAGCUAGUAAAAGCGGAGAGAUGACACUUGUCAGCAGUAGGUCAGUCCAGUUUAUACACAAUCCACAUCAUAAACAGUAACCAGCUGUGUGUUCAUUAUGUGAAGUUAAAAUGCCAGUCAAGCUUCAGACAAUUCAGGGUCUGAUUUAUCAUUUAUUUUCAUUGAAUGAUAAUUUUAUGAAUCCUGGUCUCAUGCAACAAAUAAUUCUAACAUUUUUUCACUGCCACUAUAUAAUUAGGUGCAAUAUUUUUCAUGAGCUAAGACCUGGCCUGCUGAGUUCAUCCAGCAUUUUGUGUGUGUAGUUCUUUUGGAAAGAUGGUUUCCCAUUGUGUAUACUCUAUCUCAAAGCUUAAGACUUCGAUCUUGGAUUACGGUGCCUAUGAUUGGCCAGUCAACUGUGCUCAACCUCUUUAUGGAGGUUGAUCAAAACUGGUGUAACUUUAGAAGCAUUCAAAGAAAGAUGAAGUUGACAAAAUUUCACCUAUAUCAGUCUAGAUUAGUUUCGUAAUCUUGGUAGAACAAGCAAAGACCCUUCAGGAAGGGUAAGAUGAAGGAACACAUACCAAUACUCAUAGAGGGAUCAGAAGUGUAGAAAGUGAGCAGCUUCAAGUUCCUGGGUGUCAAGAUCUGAGGAUCUAACCUGGUCCUAACAUAUUGAUGUAGUUAUAAAGAAGGUAAGAUAGCAGCUAUACUUUAUUAGGAGUUGGAAGAGAUUUGCAGUCAACAAAUACGCUCAAAAACUUCUAUAGUUGCACCGUGGAGAGCAUUCUGACAGGCUGCAUCACUGUCUGAUAUGGAGGGUCUACUGCACAGGACCGAAAGAAGCUGCAGAAGGUUGUAAAUCUAGUCAGUUCCAUCUUGGGUACUAGCCUACAAACUAUCCAGGACAUCUUCAGGGAGUGGUGUCUCAGAAAGGCGGCAUUCAUUAUUAAGGAGCUCCAGCACCCAGGGCAUGCCCUUCUCUCACUGUUACCAUCAGGUAGGAGAUACAGAAGCCUGAAGGCACACUCAACGAUUUAUGAACAGCUUCCCCUCCGCCAUCUGAUUCUUAAAUGGACAUUGAAUCUUUGGACACCACAUUUUUUAAUAUACAGUAUCUGUUUUUGCACAUUUAAAAAAAAUCUAAUUCAAUGUACAUAAUUGAUUUUCUUGAGUUUGUUUUCUCUGCUAGAUUAUGUACUGCUGCUAAGUUAACCAAUUUCAUGUCACAUGCUGGUGAUAAUAAACCCGAUUCUGAUUCCAUUUUACAGAAAAUGUUUGCAAACCUACUGACUGUGUACUCUUAAUUUUGGCCAACAUUAUAUUUACAGGUAUAAGCAGGUUGAAAGGGGGACCUCUAGCUAUCAUUUAUUUGCAACUCAGUAUCUCAGAUUACUGGAUUGCUAGUUGUCUGAUAUUCUAUGUUAAACCCAGAAGCUGAACUGUAGCAGGUUAAAGAGGUGUACUUUGAUUAUAGUGCCCUGCUUCAUGGCAGUGACAGUUAGUGCUUGUAUACGAGGCAACUGGUAACAUCUGAGAAAGUCAAAUUAAUGCCUAGUAUUUUUUUCUAAUAGUGUUUUAAAAUUUUACUCAUUUAAAUGUUUUGCUAUUAGGCAUUUAAAAAUACUUAAGCUUUUGAAAACUGGCAAGCUCUCGAAUCAUUCAAGGGAUGGAGCCUCCGGGUAAGUGCCCGUAGCCUGCACUGAGCUACAUAUGCUCAUCCAACUCUCCAAGAAAAAGUUCAGAUGGAUAAGGAAUAUGGGCAGGGGGCUAAGCCCAGAAUGACUGCCUGAGUAGGAACCAGAUACCAUCAUUAAAACCACUUAACAGAGCAUGAAAAAGUUGCUUUCAA